GCAGGCAGACAGCGGAGGAAUAUCUGGGCGAACACAACCAGGUCGGAGAUCUCCGCUCAGGACCCGCACCAUGCCUCUCUCCGAGGCGCCUUGUGACUGAUCGGAACCACCACAACCACCACCACCACCACCACUAGGAGAAGACAGGAAUAUGUGUUCUUACUCUGUUUGAGAACGCCGUGCACGCGGCACAAUAACCUCAGGCUCGUUGAUCACGUAUAUGUUCUGGAUAACACACACACACAAAAAAGACCCGUGCGCGCCUGGGAACGUCGGACCGGAAUGCAAACAAGAUUACUCUGGGGCUCCAGGUAAAAUUCUACCCUGCUUCAACCCCUGACUGGACUUCACUGGACUGAAAGACCUAAUCAGCAGAAAGUCUGGUUAAUGAAUGUAACGCAUUCUCUCCCAAAUUCAUCUGCCCUUCCUCCUGUUCUACCCCAGCAUGGCUAGACGGAGGUUAGACUGCUUGUUUCUGAGCCAGGUGUUUGCUAGCCUGAUGCUGGUAUCGAUAGGACUAUCCUCCAUCCAGAGCAAUGAGUGCCCCCAGCUAUGUGUGUGCGAGAUCCGGCCCUGGUUUACCCCCCAGUCCACCUACAGAGAGGCCAUCACUGUGGACUGCAAUGACCUUCGCUUAACACGUAUCCCGGGAAACCUCUCCAGUGACACUCAGGUUCUCCUCCUACAAAGCAACUACAUUGCCAGGACCAAUGAUGAGUUUGAGCAGCUGUUCAACCUGACUGAGCUGGACUUGUCCCAGAACAAUUUCAGUAUUAUUCGAGAUGUUGGUCUUUUCAAUAUGUCCCAGCUCACCACGCUUCAUCUGGAGGAGAACCAGAUCACGGAAAUGCCAGAUUACUGUUUGCAGGACCUCAGCAACCUGCAGGAGCUCUACAUCAAUCACAAUCAGAUCAACACAAUCUCUGCCAAUGCCUUGUUUGGGCUCCACAACCUGCUCAGGCUUCACCUCAACUCCAACAAAAUUAAGACCAUUAGCAGCCAGUGGUUUGAAUCCACGCCCAACCUAGAGAUCCUCAUGAUUGGGGAGAAUCCUGUUGUUGGAAUAAUGGACUUUAAUUUCAAGCCACUGGGCAAUCUCAGAAGUCUGGUUUUGGCUGGGAUGGAUUUGACAGACAUCCCUGGAAAUGCCUUUGUGGGACUUGACAAUCUUGAAAGCCUCUCUUUCUAUGACAAUAAGCUGGUCCGAGUCCCCCAGAGAGCCCUCCAGAAACUACCGAACCUCAAGUUCUUGGAUUUGAACAAAAACCCAGUGCACAAGAUUCAGGAAGGAGACUUCAAGAACAUGGUGAGAAUGAAGGAGUUGGGUAUAAACAACAUGGGAGAGCUGGUUUCUGUUGACCGGUUUGCGCUGGACAAUCUUCCUGAGCUCACAAAGCUGGAGGCAACAAACAAUCCCAAGUUGUCUUACAUCAGCCGUCAGGCCUUUCGGGAUGUCCCGGCCUUGGAGAGUCUAAUGCUAAACAACAACGCCCUGAAUGCCGUCUACGAGUCCACGGUGGACUCUCUCCCCAACUUGCGAGAGAUCAGUAUCCACAGCAAUCCUCUGCGCUGUGACUGCGUCAUUCAGUGGAUGAGCUCCAACAAAACCACCGUCCGUUUCAUGGAGCCUCUGUCCAUGUUUUGUGCCAUGCCAACAGAAGUAAGGGGUAUGCAUGUGCGGGAGGUGCUGCAGAAUAAAUUAUCAAACCAGUGUCUGCCCCUGAUUUCCCAUGAUACCUUCCCAAGCCACCUCAACCUUGACAUCGGCAUGACCUUGGACUUGGACUGCAGAGCCAUGUCCCAGCCUGAGCCUGAAAUCUACUGGGUGACACCAAUGGGGAACAAGGUAAUGAUGGACACCCUAUCUGACAGGUAUAGCCUCAGCAAUGAAGGGACAUUGAGAAUUUCUCAUAUUCAAGUUGAAGACUCUGGCAGAUACACCUGUGUGGCUCAAAAUUCAGAGGGAGCUGACACGAGAGUGACAGCUCUACGGGUGAACGGCACUCUGUUAGACAGCACUCAGCUCAUACAGAUCUACGUCAAACAAACACAAGCUCACUCUAUCCUUGUCUCCUGGAAAAUAAAUUCCAAUGUGAUGACCUCGAACCUCAAGUGGUCAUCUGCCACCAUGAAAAUAGACAACCCACAUAUUACUUACACUGCCAGGGUACCCGUCGAUGUCCACGAGUACAACCUUACGCAUUUACAGCCGGCAACCGAGUACGAGGUGUGCCUCACCGUCUCCAACAUCCACCAACAAGCGCAGAAGGCGUGCGCGAAUGUGACGACGAAGCAGGCGACCUUCGCCGUGGAAAUAUCCGACCAGGGGACCAACACUGCUCUGGCAGCGGUCAUGGGAACUAUGUUUGCCAUCAUCGGUCUGGCCUCUAUGGGAGUGUACAUUGCCAAGAGGUGGAAGAGGAAAAACUAUAACCAUUCCCUGAAGAAAUACAUGCAGAAGACCUCGUCAAUACCGCUAAACGAGUUGUACCCUCCUCUUAUCAACUUGUGGGAGGCGGACAGCGAGAAGGAGAAAGAGGUCUCAACCGAGACCAAAGCCAGUCAGGUGGACACCACACGCAGCUAUUACAUGUGGUGAGAGCUACGACCCAGUGGGAGAUACAGAGACAUGUUUCUUUCAGGAGAACAGAUAUACAUACUUGCUUCUUUGUGUAAUUGGACAAAGUCUUUUUUUCUUUCAUUGUUUCCCAUUUGUUUCCUUCGGUUCUCUGAGACUUGCUCUUUAAAAGCGACCGACGAACCGAGAUCUUCACGACUUUAGUUUAGCAUAUUGCCUUUUUACCUCUCGCUCAUUUUGACACACGAUAUGGCAGCUUUGUUGAGCUUCCUGGACUUAGUAGUCACUGUGCUUUAUUUUUAGUACGUGUUUUAAUGAACACAGCAUGAGCAUUGUCACGGAUUCAGCACACGCAAGCAACGGAAAAGCUGAAAUCCAACCUGUUUUUGACAGAACUGUUAGAUACUGCCUUUUUUCUUCUUUCUCUUGUGAAACAGUUUCACUGUUGACUGUUGUGCACUGAAAUAUAUAUAUAUAUAUAUAUAUAUUAAUUUGUCUAUCAACUCAAAUAUAAGCUGACAAAGUGUGUUUAGACUUGAUAUACUGUCUAUUGAAUAAUGUUUGCAAUUCCUCUGUAAUGUUCUAUCAGCGAUGACUUAAUUUACUUUUUGUACAUUAAAUAAUCAUAAUAACAUAAGUAUGUUUGAUUUAGACUUUAAGUUUGCAGAUCAGCUACUAUAAACCAGCAAUAGAAAUAUGAAUGUUAUGAACUAGGUCAAUAGAUGUAAGGCUUUUUCAAUUUCUUAAAUAUUUCUUUUCUUAUUUUGCUAGAAUAUGUCUACAAUCACUGCUUUUGUUGUGGUUUACACACACACACACACACACACAGACAUGUUGUUUAUUGGGGAGCAAGUUAAAUAAAAUCUUCUUUCCUCAUAUUUUCUAAACCAUGAUUUUAACACUAAGUGUCAUUUCUAUAAAGAAAGUGUAUUCUGUAUAUUCAAUAAAGCUUCUUUGGCGGAAACAGACA